CCCCUCCUCAACCUCAGCGGUCCCCACACUGGAGCAGACGCUGGUGCAGUGUCGAUCCAUACAUGCACGUGUCUUGUCUUUUGGGGCGACCAGCAUUCUUUGAAAACGCCCAGCACUCCAGUUUGCAAGGGUUGUUGUGAGUUAAUCCACACGAGAAUGUGCGCAUGAGCAUCUUUUGUACCGAGGAGCAUGUGCACUGACUGAAAGACACAGCGAGGAUGCGUGGUGGGCAGGAUCUGUCGUGAUCGGUGGAGUUUGUGGUGUACAAUACUUGUGCUGUCAGUCUUCCCCUCCCUCCAGUUUGGUUGUCUGGCGAGGACUAACAGCAGCGUCCUGCCGGGAUGUCCACCUCACCUGGUGCAAGAGAUGGAAGCCAAAUGAGUUCUUUGGAGCUUGAUGCGGAGCAUUCGCAGAAAGUCCCCGGAGCCGAGCAAGCAGGGGUCCCAACACCCCAGGUGAAGCUGAAAGAGAGACAGAAGUUCUUUGAGGAGGCUUUUCAACAAGACAUGGAGCAGUACCUGUCCACUGGAUACCUUCAGAUCACCGAGAGGAGAGAGCCAAUAGGAAGCAUGUCUUCCAUGGAGGUCAACGUGGACAUGCUGGAGCAGAUGGAUCUGAUGGACAUGUCCGACCACGAGGCUCUGGAUGUCUUCCUGCACUCUGGGGGAGAGGACAACAGCGCUGCCUCACCUGUCACAGGUCCAGACAUUGAGUCCUUUACAACCGAGAUCAGCCUCCAGGUCCCCACCCAGGCCGAGCUCCGACACAAGCUUUCGUCCCUGUCCUCCACCUGCACGGAUUCAGCCAGCCAGGACACUGAGGCCGGGGAGGAUGAUGAGGACGAAGACGAGGCUGAGCAAGGAGGAGGCGGCGGCGUUGUUGGAGGAGGUGGAAGGAGAAGAAAACCCCCAGUAGUAGUGACCCUGGAUGAAGAGGAGGUCCACCUGGACACUGCGCUGGCGGACAGAGAGGACCAGGAUGAUCAGAGCAGUCGAGACUGUGAGGAGAGGAGGCAGCAGAUUUGAGGACAGUUGGACUUGAUCUAAAAAGUGAAAACCCGCAGAGCUGCCAAAUCAAACUUAGAUAUAUAUUCUAUUGUAUUCUAUUCUAUUGUAUUUAUUGGCUUUUAUUCCCAAAAACCUUUCCUUUCAUCAGAGAGAUGACACUGAGGUUGCACUAACUGCCACAUAAACUUGCCUUAAGACCAGUGAUGUAAGUUCAGUCUGAUCAAAUGUUUUUCAAGAUGUUUGUGACCCGUUUUUGGCUCAGAAAGAACUGCAAUAGUUUAAGGUUUUUCAGAGAAUCAGAUUCAGUAUUACAGGCUUCUUGCUCAGUCUUUUAAAAAAUUUAUGAAACUUGCUAUGAUUAUAUUCCACAUAUAAGACUAUAUUAUUUACAUGUGAAUCACAAUAAGUUUCAAUCAGCAAACCAAACAUUCAAGCGAUGUUUUUUUUUCUUAAAAAAAGAGAGAAGCAUUCACAAAAAAUAAAAAAUAAAGGACUCAAUAAUAAAUUGUGCAUUUAAAAGAGCACACUUUACUUGAGAUUAAGCUUAUGCAUGACAGAAUAAUCCAGAAAGAGCAGAGAAGCAGAUUAAUCAAAAAACACCUUUGAAAUUGUAUUAUUUUAGGAUUUAUGAAACAUUCGGAGUAUGAGCAUUGUGAAGGUAAAUGAUUGACAAAAACUGUUGAAAAACAUUCAGAAAUGUAGUAGAAAAAUGUGAAAAUAAGAAACUGUGGAAAUCCUGAUGUUCUGUUUCUAUAGCUCUGCAUGUUGAGGCUGAGCGAAGCCUGUUCCUGAUAAAGGAAAUGAGGUCAUAGAUAAGCCAUCGGUCUGACUCGGUAAGCUCAAAUUCUGUUCAUGCUUUAUAGUGAAAUGUAUUGUGCAUAAAUCCUAGACCUGUUUUCUGAUUGUUGGAACAUUAACUGAACAUAUAAUAGUGUUUUUACCUCUCUUAUGUUGAUAACGAAAAAAGACUACCUUCAGCUUCAUCAGGACUGCGAUCCUAACCUUCUUUUCACAGAACAAAAGUAUGUAUUAAAAUCAAACCAAACUCAUUUCCUUUUUUUUUUGGAUAUUUUUUAUUUGGCUUAUCCACAUUUUUUAAGACAAAGCUAUAGUUUUCCUGAUAAAGUGGGGGAAAAGCACACAGCAAGUGCAGCUUCAAAUUUCUCACUAAGUUCUACCUAAGUUCUCACUGCAGGAUGAUCGUCCUGAUUGAGUAAAAUAUAUCCAUAAAGCAUCGUUUAAACGGAUGUAAUGAAAGCUAUUUCUGUGCCAGUAUAAAUUAGAUUUUUGGUGUAACUUCGAUUAAUCGAGCCGAUUAAUGAUGUGCAGAGGGCACAAAAUAUUCUUACUUUCAUUUUGGAUAAAUGUGACAACCAGCUCUCAUGUGCCAAAUUUCGGAUUUUACUCCUGUCAAAACUGACUGUCCUGCUGACAUGCUGGCAAAGGUUUCAGUUGUCUUAGAAACAUUUGCUCACACAAACAUGAACCUUGCCUAUGACCUGUACAUUUUGGACAGAUUUCUUCUGAACUAGGACCAAAUCCCCAUCUUGGAGCGUGCUAUGCACUGGACAUCGGCCUGAAGGCUAACCCUUGUCCAAAUUUUUAUUUAGUUUUGGUUUUUUGGGUCGGAAAUUGUUAAUAUUUGUGCAGUGUAAAUGCAUUUUUCCUUCAUUUUCUUACCCUUUGUUUAAUUUUCUUGACUUGUUAAUGUUUCUGCUCAAGAGUGAGUUGAUUUCCCUCUAAGCAUUUUGAGAAAAAAGAAAUGUGAGCAAGAUUAAAAGUGUGAGUGAAAACACACCGUUUGUUCAUUAUUGAGUUAUGGUCCUGCAUGUUUGGAAAGAAAAGUGUCUCUUAAACCAGGAAUUACUUUUCUGUGUGUGUAUUAAUUUUGUUUUUCCCGAGAGAUAUAAGGCAUCACCACUGCAACACUGAGAGUAAAUGUCUUUUCAAGGCU